CAAAAUUAAACUUGUGUCUUGCGCCGAUCUCUGAAGCGAAUGCGGAAGUGCGGACGCUUGUGGCCUUGUGCGAAGAACGAAGACGAGGUCACGAGCCUGGACUUGCGAAUCCGUCAGCUGCGCCGCCGUCCACUACGGCUCUCCGUCACUCCGAAUCCGGUUCUGCCUGGCCGCCUGGGCUCUAUCUCCAGCUCCGCUGCUCCAGCGUUCAGAUUUUUCUUCCUGAUAAUUUGAAGAAUAAAUAUAAAAGAAGUUUAGUAGUGUCAAAGUACUGCUUUCUGCUUUCAACCGAUGAGGAUACUUAAAGCAAAUGCAGGUGCACUCACCAAUUUUGAGGUGCUUGAGUUUCUUAGAUCAAGAGGAGCCGGAAAGGGUGCUGCACGUGUCAUGCUUCCAAUUUUGGCAUCUGAAUUUAAGGUUUUUGAUUAUUUAGAACAGACUGCUGUGUGCAGUAAUCAAACUAGAGAAAUUAUUGGUCAAUUUGUAGAAAAAUGUAAAAGCUUCAAUAUAUCAAAAGCUGAAGUUUUGAACAUCAUCAAUAUCAGACCAUGUACUCUAUCUCAAAUUUACCCGAUAAUAGAGGAAUAUGAUGUUCGGUUUCCAAGAAGUGAGGAAACUGGUGAUGAGGAAGAGAGUGAAGAACCUUUGAUGGCACUGGUCGAGACAAUACUACAUGUUUUGCCUGCCCCUCCUUCUCCAAUGCAGGAGGCUGAUGGGGAAGUUGACGAAAAAGUUGAUGAACAGAUGGAAACAUCUGCUGAUGAAAAUAGGGUCGUUGAGACUAAUGAAUAGUAGCACACUUUACUGAGGAGAUUUGUAGGUGUUAUGUGACCAUUUUUUAGUUGAAUUGGUUAAGACAAUACAACCCUAUGUCACUGUGCUGACUGUUUACUGUAACAUUUUGCAGUUCAUCAAGGUGUUAUAUAUGCAAGUCUUAUACUCUACUAUAUUUGGCAUGACUGUAAGAUAGAGCCUUCGGUUGUAAAUCUUUUCAAGUAGAGUUUUUUAUGCUAAUAUUUGUGGUAAUGUUUAUCAUAAUAUGCCUUCAUAUAUUUUAUGGCCAAUUUUUAGUUCUGUCCAUUUUAAUUUCUGAACUUAAUCUUCUAUAUGAG